GAGAGACAAUGCUUGUUAAGUACAUAGAGACCUACAAAUGAUUUGCUGCAGACGGCGUCAUUAUAUGAAUGUUCCCUUUCAUCUGUCUAUCGUCUCUAAUAAAACGCUUUAACUGCAUCUGAGCUAAGGGUUCCACCACAUUUCACAAGAUGGAUAAGUUUCGUAUGAUGUUCCAGUUCCUCCAAUCCAACCAGGAGUCUUUUAUGAACGGGAUCUGUGGUAUAAUGGCACUUGCAAGCGCGCAGAUGUACUCUGCCUUUGAGUUCAGCUGCCCCUGUAUGCCAGAGUACAACUACACCUACGGGGUCGGACUGCUCAUUGUCCCUCCUAUAUGGUUCUUUUUGUUAGGUUUUGUAUUGAACAAUAAUGUGUCGGUGCUCGCAGAAGAGUGGAAAAGACCCACUGGGAAACGGACGAAGGAUCCAUCUGUCCUGCGCUACAUGCUUUGUUCAAUUACCCAGAGGUCUUUGAUCGCCCCUGCAGUGUGGGUGUCUGUCACUCUCAUGGACGGGAAGAGCUUCAUCUGUGCCUUCAGCAUCAGCUUGGAUAUUGAAAAGUUUGGGAACGCCAGUCUCAUUAAAGGAAUGUCAGAGACGGAGACGAUUAAGCUGCUGGCAAAGAUUCCUUGCAAAGAAUUGUUUGAAAAUCAUGAAGUGAGAGUGGCUGCAUCAAGAUACAUCAAGUGUAUAUCACAGGCGUGUGGGUGGAUGUUUCUGCUGUUGAUGACCUUCACUGCUUUCAUGGUCAGAGCGAUUCGACCAUGCUUUACCCAAGCUGCCUUCCUCAAAACCAAGUACUGGUCUCAUUACAUUGACAUUGAACGCAAGAUUUUCGAUGAGACUUGUAAGGAGCAUGCAAAGAGCUUUGCCAAAGUUUGCAUCCACCAGUACUUUGAGAACAUCAGUGGAGAGAUGCUCAGCGGCCACCGCCAUUGCUGCAACAACGAUGACAGUGACAAUGAAGACGAAGACAAGAAAAGAAGCGAUGAAGACAAGCUCCUGGGUAUCAGGGCUCAGGACGACAUGAACAAGAUUUUGGGGAACUGGCACACCUGUAAGCCAGCCCUCGCUCUGAAAAGGGACCAACUACAUGCUGAAAGCAAUGGCAAACUGAAUGGAAACAUGAAUGGAGCAGUAAAUGGGUUUGCACAGGGACACACCCAUGAUAUGGAAAAAAAGGAAUGGGCAGUGUAUUACAGUAAGGUUUGACGAGUUCAAAGAGAAAAGGAAAAGACUGGCUACUUUACUAUUAGACAUUUUCCGCAUUUUAUUUUAAUCCAGAAACUACUUUCAGUCUUUUUCAGAAUUUGUAAUUUACUCAUAAAUGUAGCUUUGGCUUCUGAUAUAGUUUAUAAAGUUUUUAUCAAUGAAUAAUUCGAGUGCACUAUGUACAAUCAUGCGGAAAAAGUAAAGACUUUUAAGCAAAUGACAGGAUCUAAAGAGCUUUCUGAAUCCUUCAAACAAAAAGAUGGAUGUCCUAGUGUCUGACAAGGGUUUUAAAAGAUGUCUAAGUGAUAUAUGAACAAAGGAUCAGACCACCCCAACAAAUUUAGCCGAACACCUGAAAACAAUCAAAACAAAGGGAAGCAAGAACCCCAAAAUUACAUCAUGAGAUAUGCAGGUACCGCUGCAAAAUUCAAGUUCCUGGUUCAGACUAAAGCCACCUUUCCAGGUCAAGAAUGUUAUUACCAGCAGUGAAGCAUAGAGGGGAAAAUGUCUUGAUAUGUGGACUCUUUGCUUCGUCAGGGACUGAGAGGCUUGUUGUAUAUUUGAUUAUAAUUAUUCACCAUACCAAGGUUUUCACACAUACACUGCAGAAAUGAAGUUUUCCAUGGUUUAUGCAAACAUUCUGCACGUAAGAAAGCAAAUGCCUGGUGUGGCUAUGCAGAGUUCAACCUCUCAGUUCUCUAGUAUCAAGUCUGGAUUAAGUCAAAAUGAAGCUGAUUUAUGGCUUGUGUGCACUGAUAAUAUUUGCUACUUCACGUUUCUGUUGGUCUGCAUACUGCUUUCCAGUAUCAUUUUACAAAUACUGCUGAUAUGUUAUUAACACGCUUGACAAAUUAAUGUAUUGUAAUUCAUUGAUAUCAACUCAAAAUAUACAUAACCUUAUAGCAGCCUUGCCUGGUUUCUUCAGGGUGCUGUAAACAAGACUGCUCGGUAGACAGCAUCAUUUUU